CGCGUUUGUUGUUGAUAUGGGUAUAGCUUAUGCAAACUUCUUCAGACUAGCAAAGCUCUUUCGGGGUUUAUGUUAAUUUACAAUACGUGGUUAUUUUUUUAAGUGAUGCUGCAUGUUUCUGUGGUUUCGCCUCACAGAACCGCACGUACUCCGCGUGGUGUCACUGUAGACCGCUAAACUUUAAUAUUUUCCAUAUACCGUCUCAACUCCGCCUACGAUUUCGCUGAGUGACGUCCUAUGACCGAGAGUCUCGGUCUGGAUGCUUUUCGUGGCGUGUUUCCGUGAGUCUCAUUCUUCAUUGUGUCUACAAAGUUUUGAUGUUCUUUUGAUCACCUUUGUAUUGUUUUGAUCACGUUGCCAUCUCAAACGGAAGGAUGGCAGACAGGAAGGACUUAAGGUCCCCACAUAUUACUUUCCUCUGGCUCGUGAUGUGUGUUUCAGUGCCAGUGGAUGGUCAGAUUGUCUACUCCGUGUCCGAGGAAGUAAAUAUCGGAGCUGUCGUCGGAAAUGUGGUGAAGGACAUGCAUUUGAACGUCCAGGAUUUGGAAUCGCGGGCAUUUCAGCUUGUAUUCGGCACGAGGACGAGGUAUUUUGAUGUGAAUCUGAAAUCUGGCGUCUUGUACGUUGCUGAAAGAAUUGACCGCGAGCAGCUAUGUCCUAAUACUCCAUCCUGUUCCUUGAAUUUUGAGGCGAUAGUAAACCAUCCUCUCAGUCUGAGUCGAGUGAUAGUUAACGUUAAUGAUGUGAAUGACAAUUCUCCUGCAUUCCCUGUUGAAAUUCAGGUUUUGAAUAUCUCUGAAUCAGUGCAACCAGGAGCUACAUUUUCCUUGAUCAGUGCAGUGGAUGAAGAUGUAGGGACUUUCUCUAUUAAAAGCUAUAACCUGAGUCCUAAUGAACAUUUCUCAUUAGAAGUAAACCAGGGUGGUGAACAUGGCAUGUCUGCAGAGCUAAUCCUUCGAAAAGCUUUAGAUAGAGAGAAAGAACCUGUAAUUCGACUAGUAUUGACUUCUUUCGAUGGAGGGAAACCAUCCAGGUCAGGCACAUUGCAAAUUAUUGUCAAUGUUUUAGAUAUUAAUGAUAAUGCUCCAGUGUUUAGCAGUCCUCUUUAUAAAGUCAGUGUGACAGAGAACACACCAAAAGGAACUAAGAUUAUCAAACUCAAUGCCACUGACAUGGAUGAAGGUCCAAAUGGGGAGGUAACAUAUUUAUUUAGCAGUCAUGGUCAGGAAAAAAAUCUUGAUGUAUUUGCAAUCAGCCCUGAUUCAGGGGAGCUCAAGGUAAAAGGAAACAUUGAUUUUGAGGACAAAGCUUUUUAUGAACUUAGAAUAGAGGCCCAUGAUAAGGGGCUUUCCCCGAUGACGGUUAAUUGUAAAGUACUAAUUGAAAUCAUAGAUGUUAAUGACAAUGCACCAGAAAUAGUAAUAACGUCCCUGCUGUCUUCUUUAAGGGAAGAUGCAAAAACUGGCACUGCUGUGGCUCUGGUCACAGUCUCCGAUAAGGAUGGUGGAAUGAAUGGGAAAGUGAGUUGUAAGCUGCUGGGAAAUGUACCUUUCAAACUCGAGUCUUCCUACAAGAAUUAUUACUCUGUUGUUUUGGAAGGCCAGCUUGACAGGGAAAACAUCUCAAAGUAUAAUGUAACCCUCGUAGCAGUAGAUGAAGGAACCCCACCACUUUCCAGCACCAGUGUAGUUUAUGUUGACGUUUCAGAUGUGAAUGACAAUCCUCCACAAUUUAACGAAAAAACUAUUUCUGUCUAUGUAAAAGAAAACACUCCCCCGGGAACCCUCAUUUACACAGUGUCAGCAGUUGACAGAGAUUCAAAUGGAAAUGCUGAAAUUUCUUAUUCCAUUGUGGAUAACAAAGCAAACAUAAAUGCUGUUAGUGUUAACUCAUUGACAGGCCAGUUGUAUAACCUACAGUCUUUCAAUUUUGAAGAACAGAAAACACUUAGUUUCCAUGUUCAGGCAACAGACUCUGGUGUUCCUCCUCUGAGCAGUAAUGUAACUGUAAAUGUGUUUAUUCUGGAUGAGAAUGACAACAGUCCGGUUAUUUUACCGCCUUAUUCUGAACCUGGAUCAGUUAAUAGUGAGAACAUUCCCUACUCUGCUGAAGCGGGAUACUUUGUAGCCAAGAUCAGAGCUGUUGAUGCUGACUCUGGAUAUAACGCACUUCUGUCUUAUCAUCUAACUGAAUCCAAAGGAACGAAUCUCUUCCGCAUUGGAAGCAGCACUGGAGAAAUAAAGACUAAGAGACAAAUGAGUGACAAUGAUUUAAAAACUCACCCACUUCUUAUCACAGUGUCUGAUAAUGGAGAGCCAUCACUCUCAGCAACUAUGUCCAUGGAUGUUGUGGUUGUUGAGAGACUGGAUGAUAUAAAGACAUCAUUCAGAGAAGUUCCUGUUAAAGAGGAGAGUUUUUCGGAUCUGAAUCUGUAUCUGCUCAUUGCUAUUAUCUCAGUAGCAGUUACUUUUUUACUAAGUCUUGUGGGUUUGAUAGCAGUUAAAUGCUACAGGACAGAUGGCAGUUUCAGCAGGUACAGCGCUCCAGUGAUCAGCACACAUCCAGACGGAAGCUGGUCCUACUCCAAAUCGACGCAACAAUAUGACGUUUGUUUUAGCUCAGACACAAUGAAGAGCGACAUGGUGGUUUUCCCUUCGCCAUUUCCUCCUGCAGAGGCUGAACUGAUCAGCAUUCAUGGAGAAGAUACUUUUACACGAACCCAAACUCUUUCUACCACUGGGAAGCCCAAAGGACCAAAUGCUGACUGGCGUUACUCUGCUUCGUUGAGGGCAGGAGUGCAGAGUUCUGUGCAUAUGGAGGAGGCAUCAGCUGUGAUGCAGGGAGCGCAAGGCAUGCUGGUCCAGAACUGGCCCACAGUCUCCAGUGCAGCAGAUGGGGAGGGAGAGGGACAGCUGUCCCCUCCUGUUGGAGCUGGAAUCAACAGUAACAGCUGGAGCUUCCGCUACGGUGCAGGCCCCGGCUAUGGUCCACCACAAGCCCUGAAGCCGGGAGAGAUCCCCCCUGAAGCCUUCAUUAUUCCCGGUUCUCCUGCUAUCAUCUCCAUCCGGCAGGACCCAGGUGCCGUUGAUGAUAAGGGCGAGUUCAUCACCUUCGGAAAGAAAGAGGAGUCUAAGAAGAAGAAAAAGAAGAAGAAGGAAAAGAAGGACAAGAAAGAUAAAGGAAAAGAUGAUGGCGAGGAGUAGCAAAGAACGUCCCACUACAAUAUUACAGCUAUUAACUUAUGUUUGUAGCAAAUUCUGCCAGAAAGAGAAAACCAAAAAUACUGAAAAUGUAAAGAGAGAAGUUCCUUCUAUAUACCUUAUUUACCAAUUCCAGUUGAAGAAAGAAGAGAAAUUGAAAAUUAACCUUGUGAACCUGUUACUCUGAUUGGCUGUUUUUCUAGUUCUGGCGCAGAAAUUAAACAGCGAUGUCCAAGAAAGAACUCCAGUCUGCAAAAUGCAAACCAAGCCCACUCGCUCCUUGUAAAUUACAUUUUCAACCACAAUGAGGGAAGUCCCUCUCCUCUUUUAAAAGGAUCAAAUGAAUCCAGUUAAACUGGAUAUGAACUCAUGCCAUACCAAGUGUUUUCUCUAACUCCAUCCCUGCCUUCCUCCCUCAAUGUCAAAUGGGGAAGAAACAACCACCCCUGGCCCCAUCUCACUCCUUGAUCUGCUGGAAACAAAAAGACACUACAACUUUAUCAGAAAGUCCAGUGUCUGAUUUCUAGAGCAGAUCAAAAAUAAAUGCCUACAGAGAUGGGAAUGUAGCAGCGAAAUCACUUGCUUUACACUCACAAAAAUACAUCCUAGAACAGGGCACAGAGAUCUCUAGCGCUUCUGUCCUGCUCCCAAAGUCAUGCUGAAAUCUCAGAAUGAUGCUUUACUCAGUAUAUUUUCUAAGAGCAAUUAAAUCUCAUCUUAUACAGUCCACACCCAUGAUUUGUAUGAAUACAAAUCACAAAUUGAUGUGUGUUCUUGCUCUCUAAUGCAUAACACACUAUGAACAGGCUGUCCACAUGCUGUACACCUAAAAUCACCACAGGACUGAAGCACAACAGCCUCUCAAAAGUCUGUAACACAGCAGAAUGAAUACUUGUGGCUUCAUUUCAAAACACACCCACUUCCGUUGCUGCUGUUUUUAAUGUUUGAUAGAUGUCAUCCCACUUCCUGACAGCUUUAUGUCUUAGUCCAGCUACUUGUCCUUAGCUACUGCUUGUAACUUUCGCAUAUCUGAUAUUGCCAACCUCCCUUUAUCUGGUGAGCAUUGCUGGCCCCAUGUCAGUACUGCCCCCUGGUGGCUCGUAUUGUACAAUGUGACAAGAAAGAGCAGAAAAUCAAGUUAAUAUUAUUGUCACUUCUGCUGGAAACAUGAGCACAGGUACUGGCCACUACAUGCACACAUACACUCAAGACACACCCGUGUUUAUGCUCUCACAGCAGUUGAACCACCAUGGACUAUGCAGCCAUAAUUAUGGACAUGUUUAACUACAGCAUAUGGUGCUUUCUAGGGCAAAAAUAGAAGUUGAGUGGAGAUUAGACUGAGAAGACCACAGUGGUGGGCAGUACAGAGUUUUUCUACUGUAUAUAAUCAAUGAUGAGAUAUAGCUUCAUGACAGUUCCAUAGUUGUUGAUUACAAUUUUGUAAAUAAUGGGAAUGUUUUCUUAACAUUCAGACAUCAUGCUUAAAUUUUCAGUUUUUAAGAGGGAGCGCAUCUCUCCUUUCUUUCCCUUCUAAGUCUGUAGAGAUACUGUUUAGUAAAGGAGAGAUGUUCGUGCUGUUAUGAGACCGUAUCAUCACAAAGCACACACAAACAGAUGCAUAUACACACACACUUUCACUUGAGUCUCUUUCAGAUGUGGUUCAGUGCUGUCAGAUCACCAAGUGACUGUUUUGCAUGUUAAACGCAAUUAAAACAGAAAUUAUAUAUAGAUAUAAAUGAACAGAUGUUUUUCAUAAUUAUUUUUUUUCUCAUUUAUGAUGAAACUGGAGAUGAGUAUCGUCUCUGCUGAAGUAUGUAGACAUUAAUCAAAUUAUUCAUUCACAAACAUACACUGAUUACAUACAUGCAUAGAGCGUAAAAAGAAGACACCGAAACGAUGUCGGCUCUGUGGCAAUCAACGUUAACAUUAACACACUAGCUAUAUGUAAUGCUGUAGUGUUUUUGGUCUAAAUUGGUUUUCUUUACAACCUUAUGAUUUUUGCAACUUGAAAGGAUAAAUCCUUCGUUUUGUGCUAGGCUUUGAAAUAAAUAACACUGUAGUGUGAGCCAGUUCAUAUUUCCCUAUGAUAUAAACCUCUCCUUUCAAAAAAAUAAAAAAUUAAAAAAUUAUAAAAAAUGAUAAAACAGGAAAUAAAAAGGUCUAUGUAUUCUGCUUGUGUGUAGUAAUUAUAUAUCAAUUCAUCCAGUGCCUAAGUGGCACUAUGCUUUUGACUUUGACUGCAAAUCUGUUGGACAUUUUUUGUACACCUGCUCAUCAGUGUAAUGGUGUUUAUUAUUUUAUAUUACUUUAUGAAAUCUGGUAAUGUGUUUUGUUUAUAAAUCACAAAUAAAGUUUUCUUUCAUAAGUA